GGAAGGUGGCUGUUUUGUGUCAGAAUGUGCUGUUGUUUUGCAUGUCCAGUGGUAUACGGUGUACUGUGUUAGGUGCUUCUGAAGAAAUGUGGUCCAGUGCAGAAAGAUAUCACGCCGUGCAAGUCUCUUGUGGAGCAUUCUCUCUCUUGUGGUCAGCGUCCUUGGCUUUGACUUUAGAUCCAGGUGUUUCGAUGAUUUCUGCUGCUCUGUGUGUUGGCAUGUGUUGGCUCAAGCACCCAUUUUGAAGCGACUGAAGCCGACUCCACCUUUUCGGAAGAUCAUGGCUGAAGUGGUUCAGAACGAACGCCCACAAGACGUUGAAAGCAUCCGCAGUAACAAGACUGAAGAAACAGAGUCCAUGAAGUCAGGCCCCAAAGGCUACAUGAAAGAUUCUCUUGCGUUUCUGAAGUUGACUUGGCCACUACUGCUUGGGAACACCCUCGAGUGGUAUGAGUUUGGGGUCUACAGCUAUGUGGAGAAGGAGAUCGCAGACAACUUUUUUGAUGGCUCCUCGCUUGGGGCUUGGUUGGGCUAUGCUGUCACUUUUGUGGCAAGGCCACUUGGAGGCCUCAUUUUGGGUAUCAUCGCAGACCAUUGUGGCCGCAAGUUGUCCGUGAACCUCUCGCUCUUCGGCAUGAUUGUGGCUACGGUGGGUCAGGGCUGUCUUCCUGGAAAGUACUGGGGAGGCGAAUUGAAGCUCUUGGGGUUCAUCCUUUUGAUGAUCUUUCGUGCUCUACAGGGUCUCUCAGCCGGCGGAGAAAUCGGAGCCGUCACUGCCUAUUUGAUGGAAGUGUCACCGGUGUCCACGAUCGGCAUGGCCAUUUGCAUGAUCUCAGUGGCCAGCCAAAUCGCAUGGGCAUUUGCAAGCGCCAUGUUGGCUCUGCUGAAUUCUCUCCUGGGUCCCGAACUCAUGUUGGUUUGGGGUUGGCGGAUUCCCUUUCUUUUCUCUGCCUUGCCUGGCUUCUUGGCCAUGUGGGGCAGGAACAAGAUCCAAGAAACGGAGGUCUUCUUGUCCGAGGUGAAUGACUCAAGCCAAAAGCAAAGCAUUUGUGGCAGUAUUGUUGAGCUCUUGGUUCAUUACCCUUUGUCCCUCUUCGUGGGCAUUGGAGGAGUUUGCGCUGCUGCUACCAUGUGGUUUGCCCCUCCUUUCUGGACCAUCGGUGCUGUGUUACAGGACCUUGGGGCCUCUGACGCCUUGUGGGUUGGCAACUCCUGUCAACUGGUUGGUUUGGCGAUCACUCCCCUCGCUGGCUGGUUGGCAGACCGUUAUGGCGUAGCAUCCACUGCUUUUGUGGGCGCAGCCUAUUGCUCACUCAUCGGCUUGCCGAUCUACGCAUGCUUAACCAGCUCCAGCACGCGUGCGACAGCUUACUUGGGAGUGGGUCUCUUCUUCGGCUUGGCUCAGGGCUUUAAUGGUGCUACGAUCUACUUGUUCUGUGCUGAGCUCUUUCCCGCACGGCUGCGUUGCCAGGGGAUGGCGCUCAGUUACAACAUCGGAGUCAGUUUCCUGGGUGGAUUUGCAGCGGCCAUCUCACAGACGUUGUAUCAAACCUCCGUCCACAUUGCUCCGGGGGUGUAUUGGUCAGCCACUGGAGUGGUCACCAUGGUCAGCAUUCUCCUGGGCCUUUGGCUUCAACGGUGCAAGUGGAUUCAGCUGACGCACCGACGGAAAGAACCCUAUUAUUUCCGUUGCUCUUCUAAGUAAGUAAAGUGUACAGCGCUUGAAGAUCGACGCAGUGUUGGUCACACUGUUGACACAAUAUGUGGAGUUUUGUCCGAAUCGCAGUUUGUCAUGCAAGAGCUGUGACAUUGCAUGAAUUCGUCGGGCCUUCCAAUCCCUUGUACAGUUCUAAGUAAGGCAAGCACGACGGACCCAUUUGGAUAGCUUCCUACAGUUGGAAGGUCUAUACAGUUACCGCGAGAUGGUUUCUCCAUGAGUACAAGGUGAUGUGCCAUGAAAAGUCCUUCAUGGGUCUUGCUGCCGCGGUCAUGGUGUCCGUUUUCGCUGUAGAAUCAGGACAACAAAAAAUGCGGUCGCAGAAGUCAAAUGGAGUGCUGUAAUUCGCUUUCGCUGUUUUGCUUUCGCACAACUUGUGGUCAUCAUUCAUGCACCCCCAACGAACGACCCGA